GCCCUGGGACGCAGUCAGGCCGAGACUGAGAGGAAACGCAGGGAGGGAGGGAGGAAGGGAGGGAGGGGAGUCGGAAAGUCAGAGCUGUGGAAGAGAUCAGGACUUCUUCCUCUCCUUCGUCUGCACUUUUUUCCCCCUCCAGACAGAAGACAAACAUGUCAGUGUGAGCAGAAGUUUGCUGGAUUUGUCAGGAGGAGCAACAGUUGUCCGGAGGAGCCCGGUUCUCCUCCAGGGGUCGGGGAGGAGAGCAGGGAGGAGAACACCUGCCGACAGACAGCAGCGGGAGGGCCAGACGCAGCAGGUGACGCAGCAGGAGACGCCGCACACGUUCCAGAAGUUGAGACUCCGCGGCGGAAGCAGCUGAUUGGUUGGCCAUUUGAGGUGGGCGUGGGUCAAAGGCCAUGGCGGGCCGACUCCUCCUCUUCCUGUUUGUCUCCGUGACACUCAGCCACGCUCAGUUCCCGUCCGGACAGCGCCUGAAGCCCCGCCUCCAGAGGGACAGACGCAACAUCCGGCCGAACAUCAUCCUCAUCCUGACGGACGACCAGGACCUGGAGCUGGGUUCCAUGCAGGCGAUGAACAAGACUCGCCGCAUCAUGGAGGAGGGCGGGACUUCCUUCUCCAAUGCCUUUGUGACCACGCCCAUGUGCUGCCCGUCACGCUCGAGCAUGCUCACUGGGAAGUACGUGCACAACCACAACACCUACACCAACAACGAGAACUGCUCCUCGAUGUCGUGGCAACGGCAGCACGAGCCGCGGACUUUUGGCGUGUACCUGAACGGCACCGGAUACAGGACAGCUUUCUUUGGGAAGUACUUGAACGAGUACAACGGCACGUACGUCCCCCCCGGGUGGAGGGAGUGGCUAGGCCUGGUGAAGAACAGCCGCUUCUACAACUACACGCUGAGCCGCAACGGCGUGCGAGAGAAACACGGAGCGCAGUACCCGCAGGACUACCUGACGGAUCUGAUCACGGCCGAGUCCGUACGUUACUUCCGCUCCUCCAAGCGAGUGUAUCCUCACCGGCCGGUUAUGAUGGUUCUGAGCCACGCAGCGCCCCACGGACCGGAGGACUCAGCGCCACAGUACAGCACGGCCUUCCCCAACGCAUCGCAGCACAUAACCCCCAGUUACAACUACGCCCCCAACCCGGACAAGCACUGGAUCAUGCGCUACACCGGCUCCAUGAAGCCCAUCCACAUGGAGUUCACCAACGUCCUGCAGAGGAAGCGGCUGCAGACACUUCUGUCUGUGGACGACAGCAUGGAGAAGCUGUACAACAUGCUGGUGGACACGGGCGAGCUGGAAAACACCUACAUCAUCUACACGUCGGACCACGGCUACCACAUCGGACAGUUCGGCCUCGUGAAAGGUAAAUCCAUGCCGUACGAGUUUGACAUCAGAGUCCCGUUUUUCAUCAGAGGACCGAACGUGGAGCAGGGCAGCAUUAACCCUCACAUAGUCCUGAACAUCGAUCUUGCUCCAACCAUCCUGGACAUCGCCGGCCUCGACACGCCUCCAGAUAUGGACGGAAAAUCGAUCCUGUCUCUGCUGGACACGGACAAACCUGCCAACAGGUUCCAGGUGAACAAGAAGCCCAAGGUGUGGAGAGACUCGUUUCUGGUGGAGAGAGGGAAGCUGCUCCACCAGCGGGUGGAGGGGAAGGAAGUGUCGCAGGAGGAGAACUUCCUGCCCAAACACCAGCGAGUGAGAGACCUGUGCCAGAGAGCCGAGUACCAGACGGCCUGCCAGCAGACCGGACAGAAGUGGCAGUGCGUGGAGGACGCCACGGGGAAGCUCCGGCUCUUCAAGUGCAAGAGCGAUGGGGGAGGAGCCCCCACCUUCCAGAGGGGCGCGGCCGGCCGGCAGCGGCCGCUCAGCGUCAAGUCCCAGAUGUACCUUCCCAACUCGGAGGACUGUGACUGCGACUUCCGAGACCUCCGACCUCUGAACACGCGUCCCUUCGCCAUGAGACCGUUCAACAAGAAGCCCUUCUUCUCCAAGAAGAAACUCAAAGCCCUGAAGAGUUACUCGAGGAACCGGUUCAGCCGCUCCCUGUCCAUGACCAACGGUUACCCGGGUAACCACAGCCUGCCGGGCAGGGAGGGAUGGGGUCAGCCAAUCAGAGAGGAACCUGAGGACGAGUUCAGCGGGAUGGGAGGAGUCACCAACGCCCUGGUCCCAUCCAACUCCAUCAAAGUGACACACAGAUGCUCCAUCCUGUCCAACGCCACCGUGAAGUGUGACACGGGGGUGUAUCAGUCUCUGCAGGCCUGGAAGGACCACAAGCUGCACAUCGACCACGAGAUCGAGACUCUUCAGACGAAGAUCAAGAACCUGAGAGAGGUCAGAGGUCACCUAAAGAAGGCCCGCCCCCUGGAGUGUGACUGCAAUAAAUACCUGUAUAAAUCCAAGCUGAAGAAUAAACUCAGGUACAGAGAAGAUGGAACUCUGCAUCCCUUCAGGAAGGGCAUGGCUCGGGACAAGAAAGCUUGGCUUCAGAAGGAGCAGAAGAGGAGGAAGAAGAUGAGGAAGAUGAUCAAGAGGAUCAGAAACAACGACACGUGUUCGAUGCCCGGACUCACCUGCUUCACACAUGACAACCAACACUGGCACACUGCGCCCUACUGGACAUUGGGGCCGUUCUGCGCCUGCACCAGCGCCAACAACAACACUUACUGGUGUCUGAGGACCAUCAACGAGACCCACAACUUCCUGUUCUGUGAGUUCGCUACUGGCUUCCUGGAGUACUUUGACCUCAACACAGACCCUUACCAGCUGAUAAACGCCGUCAGCUCUCUAGAUCGGACCGUUCUCAACCAGCUCCACGUCCAGCUGAUGGAGCUGAGAGGCUGCCGGGGCCACAAGUACUGCAAUCCUCGCACGCGCUCAGUGGACCUGGAGGUCCAAUCUGGGACGGCUGGAAGGGCUAACCCUCUCGACUGGUUGAAGCUAGCGCCUGACUCCGCCCACAACAGCCUGAAGGAGGACGGCGUGGUCGCCGUGGAGACGGCGCCGAUCGACCACCACGCCCCCACCUCCCCGGUCAGCCAACCAGCAUCUGCAGCCUCUGUGACGUCGCUCAGCCCUCCCACCCUGCUGCUCAGGGAGGCGCGGCAGCGACAAGCCCCUCCGUCAGAAGCUCCACCAACCUCCUCCUCCUGCUGGUGCUCCGAGGAGGAGGAGGGCUCCGGGUGGAGGACCCCGAGGGAGGAGGAAGAGGAGGAGGGAGGGGAGAACCAGGAGGAGGAGGCAGAGGCGAUGACGGGGAAGUUGUUGUUUUAAAAUCCGUUUGAGAAAAGCAGAUUAAAGUUUGACCGUCCAGGCGGCGCCUGCUGCCUCAGUUGCGUCCGACGUAAAAACUUUGUCAUCAAAUAACUUAAUGACAGUUAAAAGCUUAUUAAAAAAAGAACACCUGAAUAAAACAGUUAAAGUUAUUUUGCCACUCUGGUAGAACGAGUUUUAGUCUUUAACGUGAACGUCAAAGAGUUUCGGACACAAUGUCUCCCGUCUGUCCAAGAACCACCGGCUGCUACUGUUUCUUUCUAAAACGUUUUUUUAAUCAUCAUUAUGGUAUAUUGUCAUAUUUUUACAUAAUUUAAGCAACAUUACAUCGAUUUCUCAUGAUAAGAAUCUGUUUUCAUUGUUUUUAGUCCAAACAGAACUAAUUUAGUAGCUGUAAUGACAUUAAAUGCACCAUAGCCAUGUAAAUAUAAAAGUUUUUAGCUUCUAUAAGAUUUUUUGUCGCACGUUUGUAUAAUUGGAUUUCUUGCAAACAAUUAUAAAAGCUACUGAAAACUUUCAAAAGAAACAUUUUUCUUAAUUUAGUUUUCUGGUAAAACUGAAAAAACUAAAUCAUAAUAUGAAGCUUAUUAUUGUUGUGCACUUUUUAAAAGAAAAAAAAGGUUUUAGCAGCAAGAAAACAAACAAAGUUACAGCCACUCAAUGUAGCAGUACCAACCCUGACCACAAGGGGGCAGAUGGGCGUCAGAGCCACCGCCGGAGCUCCGCUGGGGAAUGGGAAUGGUCCGUCACGUUACGAAACAUGAAAUAUUAUAACCACUUUGGACCAUUAGAGGCGCGCUGCGUUGCGUCUUACAUCAGGCCCUGACACCCGGGCCGGCUUAUGAAAUUCUGCCCCAGUGUGGUCAGAAGUGGUAUUGUUACUCAAAGUGGCUCAAUGUCUUGAAAAACUAUAAAAAACGUUUGUUUUAUUUACUGGCUGCGUUACCAACAGCUAGCUAGGAGGAGUCUGCAGACGUGCAGCCAGAACUGCAGAAGAAGAACGACCCACGAGGUGAUUUAAAAGAAUGUCGCUUCAGUCAAAAUGGUUAACAGUAAACGUUUCAACGGUGGCUUUAGAAACAUUCUAAUGACAGCCGUGCGUGAACUCAUCAGUGAUUUAAUUCCACACGUUGACAUUUAUUUGUGUAACUUUUUCUCCACCCACUUCUUCUCUCACAUUCUAGUGUUAGCUCUUUUUUAUUGUUUUUUACUACGGUUUUAUUCAAAAAUUAAAAGCUUGCGUUGAAAUCAGCUGGACAGAAACCUUUUCCCAUCAUGCGUGGGGAGAAAAGUAUUUUACCAGAAAAAGCUAAAUAAAGAGAUGGAAAAACAACUUCCUCCUCAUCUUCCUCCUCCUCCUCCUGCUCCUCAGGUCGACUUCCCAGCAGCCUCAUUCAUAUCACAUUUACUUUUUCUUUGUUUUAUUUUUAACCAUUCGUAAAGACAUUCAAGGACCCUUCAGGUUGUAGCUAAACUGAGACGGAAGCGCACAUAAACUUCCAUCACUGCUCAUGAGGAGUACUGUCUGUUGGGGUUUUUCUUUCCUUCUCUAACUUAAAUGUUGGUUACCAUAGUGACCGAUGGCUUUACUGACAGAGCUACAACUGUACUAACCAGACUACAGUACCCAUGAUGCCACAGGGCAGCUCAAAGACGAGAAUGUUAUGGAGUAACGUGUAUAUAUACAUAUAUAUAUACUGUAUGUAUGUAUAUAUAUAUAACUUGAUGUCUCAUGAGCCUGUUACAAAGAACUAAACAAUGAUGUCAUCAGGACCACAGCUUGUUGUUCAGUGAUUGUAAAAAACGAGGAAAUGGUUCGCAGAGACUAGUUUUUGUGUGUAUUUUUCAUAGAGCAUCCACUCGCCUUCUUGCACAUCUUCCUCCUCAGUUUUGUCUUCAGCUUCUUGUUUUCCACCCAAAUCAAACCACAGAACAUGUAAGAUGUAAUAUGACUGGAUUCACACAGGAAGUAAAUAUUUAGGAUACAGAUAUAAUAAGGGGGGAUAUUCACAAACGAUCAUCAGAGCUGGAAAUAAUCGAUACCUGAUCAACGCGUGUGCAGGAUGUUUGCAGCUAACCUGGUUUGAUUUCCUAGAUUUCCCACAAUGCCUUUGAUGAACUGUCAAGCGUUUUUUUACACUUGUUUUACACUUGUUGUACCAGCUUCGUAACUGAACAUUGAAAAAACAACUAGCAGGAGAAAUAACUUUCAGUUUGCUACUUUAAAUGUCCGUCAGACAUUGGAACUGGAGUGGAACUGGACUCUUGCAGGAUCAUUGCAGGACUUGUAACCGAGUUGGCGGGUGGUUGGGACAGCUGCAGCAUUAAUGUAUUUCAUGAUGGUUUACGAGGUCUGUGUUAAGACUCAGGCUGUUUUGGGAUUCGUCAACGGAAGAAAGACCUGCGGAGCUCCUGAACCUGAUGGACGGGUAAUUCUGUCUGUUCUUGCUGUGAUGAAAGUGUUGGGAUUGACCUGAACUCCGGAGCCUCUGAUGGAAGCUGGUAUCGAGUGAUUAUCUUUCUGCUGCAGACGGGUCACGACCUUGCUGCUGAUCAAAGGUCAGGAGAUGGCUCGAUACGACGACCCGGCUGUCUUUGGGGGGGGGUUCUACUUCCUGUGUGAAAGCAGUCAGUCUGUUAUCUGUCAAGUUUCCAUUCCUCUCUUUAAGCCCUCACUCUGUAUUUACUCUGUGGUGCUACUUGAUGUCCGAUGCUGAAUUCAUGGUUUCCAUGUCCACAAACCCAUAAGACUCCGCAACCCCCACGGUUCUGUUCACGCUACCUUUCGGUUCAACUGCAACUUUCCAUGAAUGCACAUUAAAUAGUUCUGCUGGACACUGCAGACAUGUAGAUACCGAUGAACCCUUUCAGAACAACCUUCCCUGCUGACCUUGAGCUCCUUCUGCUUCUCCGAUGUUUCCGGGAGGCUCAUCCAGGCCCACCACCCGCCAUCUAUGCUACUAAACUUUUCUGGACGCUCCAGGGACCAGACGCCCCUCACAGACCACUGCAGAUGUCCACAUCUGCGCCACACAGGGCUCAUACACACCCGGAAACCAUGAAUGGGCUUUAACGAUCCUGAUUGUGUUUGAAUGUAUUUGUAAAUGUUUAGCUGUAUUAUUUUAAAUAAUAAACCGAGGUGGUUUGGCUAAGAUUGGAGAAACACACACACACGCACACACACACACAGAAGGACAAACUGCAACGCACUUUGAGUGGAGGGUGGACGGGCGGACCUGUGGAGUGUUCGUGGGGAGACGAGCAGCCGGUUAACACUGAUCUAACAUGCGUGUACAGUCACCACUGACCUGUGGACACUGAUUGGUUUUAGUUUAUGAAUAAAGUGUUGAAUGCCAAAAUGUA